UUCGUAUAUAAAAUUUGGCCUGCUUUGUCGCAAGCGCAGUUGGUAAACAUUGAACUUAUAAAUAGGUUCUGCGCAUUUUUCAUCAAUACGUUGGCCUUGAUAUAAGUUGUGCACAUUAAAAUGGGUGAAGCAAGAAACGUUGUUAUUGCAAUGGAUGAAAGUCACCAUUCAGAUGAUUGCUUUCAAUUCUACAUGAAGAAUGUCUACAAACCACACGAUCAUGUCGUCCUGUUGUAUGUUCCUGAGUACCACACCGUCAUCCAGUCACCUAUGGUGAUGACUGAUGUGAGUGUAGUCACUGACUUACUGCAGGAGGAAGAGAAAAGAAUAAAAGGAUUUCUGGAACAGUUGGGGCAGAAGCUCAAGGCAGCAGGGAUUGGGGGUAAAGUCAAGAGUGUGGGCGGCACCCCAGGGGAGGUCAUUGUCAAGGUGGCGAAUGAAGAGAAGGCACAUCUGAUCGUCAUCGGCUCCCGGGGCAUGGGCACCAUCAGGCGCACCCUGAUAGGCAGCGUCAGCGAUUACGUCAUGCACCACGCCCACAUCCCCGUCCUGGUCUGCAAGCACCCAGACGUCCACAAGCACUAGGUCACUGGUCAUGUGACUGGUCAUGUGACCGCAGCAGUUGGGAGCAAGUUGAUUGUCAACAGUUUUUAUUUGCUGAUACAAGUGUUUAUUUUUUCAGAUGUUUCACGUUUAGGGUGAUUCAAGGCUGGACGAAGAUUUCCUUUAUGUUGCACACCUUGUGUUGUGUGCAACUAGAUCAGACUAGUUCAACUAUAGCUGUUUAACCAUAGCUGUUUAACCAAAACUAUUUUACCAUAGCUAUUUUACCAUAGCUAUUUAACCAUAGCUAUUUUACUAUAGCUAUUUAACCAUAGCUGUUUAGCCAUAGCUAUUUUACCAUAGCUAAUUAGCAAUAGAUAUUUUACCAUAGCUAUUUAAGAAAGAUAAGUGCCUUAAUACACCAUUUUCUAAAUACUUAUUCUAAAAUAAAAUUUAAAAAGCCCGACCAAUUUUUAAUUAAAAUUUUUAUCUAACCAGCCUAAUAGGCCAUCCAGCAGAUAUUGUUUACAUGUUUUGUUUACAACAUUAUGGUGUAAGAAAUUGUUUCACAAACUAUUGCAAUGGUGAUUAGUGUUUGUGGUCAGUAUGUUGUCACUGCGUAUGUGGUAUUUGAUGGGUGUUGCAUAUAUUUAUGCUGAUAAACUAGUAUCAGAAGUUUACAAAAUCAGAAUUCACUGUUUAAAUAAGGCCUUUCUCCAGAGAUGUGUACAAGCUGUGUCUGGUGCUUUAAGCUUGAGUCACUAUUCCAAGCAGUUGUACCUCUGUUAUAUUUAUAUAGGUUUUUUUCUAGUCAUUUCUAAAGGACAUUUUCUUAGUGGGGGAAAUAGUUGCACACUUUAGCUGUUUAGUAUGUGGGUCGCCUGUGGAUUGAUGGCUCGCAAAGUGUGAGACAUGUGUCUCAGGUGGGUUGCUAUGUGUGAGACUGAACCAGCCAUGUUAACAUUCCUACCACGUUAGCCAGGCAAGCUUUGAGUUGUCCAGAGACCUGGUUGAGUGGACAGUGUCCACUGGGAACAACACAACAGUACAUCAUCAACCAGACAAGCUUGGGUUGGCUUGAACCAUCUAUCAAAUAGUUUCUCAUGUAUUUAUAGCAUUCCUUCAUGUGUCCUCAUCGCCAUUGUUUGGCUGGGGUGUGUUCGCCGUCACGUGACUGGUGUGUUCACUGUGGCUCGUGUGUCCACCCUGUCACGUGACUCGUGUGUCCACCCUGUCACGUGACUCGUGUGUCCAGCCUGUCACGUGGCUCGUGUGUCCAUCCUGUCACGUGACUCGUGUGUCCAGUCACCGCUAAGCGCUGGUGUGUCCAUGGUCCACUUAACUAUGAUUUAUUCAGACAGUAGUACUAUCUCUAGCUUUUGUUAUUGGUGAUUGUCUUUUCUUGUUUUAAUUAUAUUUUGACAAUAAAGAUGUUUUAUAUAUA